ACAAAUAAAAUUUCUCUGACAAUUUAUUAUUAUUUACCAGUUUCGAAUAGUUGUAAAUUUUAAAAUUUGUAAUAUUAAUCCUUCUCCCCAAAAGAUAAGAGUAGGAAUGGGGAUGGGAGGAGCAAGAAGCUGAAGGUGUAACAUAGUCUACCAAUAAAAUGGACACCAGUCGUCUCAGAACCCUAAAUGCCAUAAGCCCCCUCCAUUUUCAUUUCCAUUUCCGCUCCAAAGAUCGUCUCUUUCGCUCUAUCCAGUUUGCCCAAUUCAAGCACAAGCUCCACCUCUCUCUCUCCUCUCCCUUCUCUCCUCUCUGCUCUCUACCCGAAGGAGGCCUGGAGAGUUCUCUGCCCUUGCCUCGCGGUGUGGGCAAUGUGGUGACCGAGGAGGUUCCGAGAAGGAAGCUUCUUCAAGUGGUUUUAGUUUCACCUCAGAUUCCUGGAAACACCGGUUGCAUUGCCAGAACAUGUGCUGCAUCAGCUGUUGGACUGCAUCUAGUUGGGCCAUUAGGAUUUCAGGUGGAUGAUGCAAAAUUAAAGCGUGCGGGGUUGGAUUACUGGCCAUAUGUGGUUGUUAAAGUUCAUGGCUCAUGGAUGGAGUUUCGAGACUAUUUCAGGCAACAGGGUGGGGAAAAGCGGUUGCUUGCAUUCACCAAGAGAGGAACGGCAAUUCAUUCAGACUUUUCUUACAGAAGAGGUGAUUAUCUCAUAUUUGGCUCGGAAACUUGCGGCCUACCACCUGAGGCGCUGCUGGACUGCAAAAGUGAAACAUUUGGAGGUGGGACCAUUCGGAUUCCAAUGGUUGAAACUUAUGUUAGGUGUCUUAAUCUCUCUGUAAGUGUUGGCAUCGCCUUGUAUGAAGCUUCCAGACAGCUAAACUAUGAACAACUUGAGGCCCCAUCUGAAAAUUGUGUGGAUACAACCGAGCAAUCCUUUAUUACCGAGGAUAUUUUCUGUUGAUUCAAAGUUGGAUGGAUUCGUAGUUUAUUGGCAAUGUGAUCUUUCAUUGAGCGGAGAUGGUGGUUUUUGGAAGUAGCAUGAAUCGUGGUUUUUGGAAGACGCUUCUUGGAUUAGACGAUCCCCUUCUGACUCUUGUACGCAAAAUAUAUUACAUUGAAAAACCUCAAGAUAUCUGGCAGAAUGAGGCUUUGUUGUUGAGAAACUAGCACAAAACUUAGUUU